AUGGUGCUAUGGGUUAAUAUUCACGUCUUUCAAAUACCAGGAAAACAAAUUGUAUAUCAUACCAUCCAGGAUCCAGCAGAAGAAGCCACACCAGAAGAGCUUACAGCCAUCGAUCGAGAGAUAGAGGAAACCAAAUCUUACAUCGCUUCAGCAAAAUCUCAGGAGAAGCUUCUGAAGACACAGCUUGCGACGCUAAAUGCGCGGGUAUCUACUGCUGAGCUCCGUUAUCAAGUUCUUGGCUUGGAAAAAGAGAGAGCCGGAGUGGUGGCUCGACUGGAUCCGCUGAAAGCCAGUGCAAAACAGGCUAGGGUUGUUUCUGCAGAGGAGAAAGCCCAUGUGGAAAAGGAGUGGAAGACAUGGCAGCGAAAUGCAUCGACGCGGAGAACAAUAUGCCGCGAGAUGUGGAUGCGGUGCACCGAGGUGCUGCCUGAGGGCGUUUCGAAUAAAGCAGAGUUCUGGGAGUCCUUGGGGCUGGAAGGGAGUCUCUGA